GUGCCUGAUACACAUCUCCUUCCAGGUUCUCUCUGGAUCGAGGGGUCAACCACUGACUCACGCCACUGUCUCUUCCAAACCAGACUGGAAAUCCCUUCGAACAGUGGGAGGACACUGGGUCGUUCUGAUCCACCGCCUUCAUUGCUGUGACUUGUGAUACCCUUCAACGCCAAUUACUCAACCAGAAACUCGAAUCGGAUCCCUGAAUUAUUCAGAAUAAACCCGCAACUUCGGUCAGUCCACAAAAAAAGAAAAAAGAUGGCAGCCAACCUUCACCCCGCCACCAACGGCACCAACAACGAUGACUUUACGGUCAAGGCCGGCCUGGCCCAGAUGCUGAAGGGCGGCGUCAUCAUGGACGUCACGACGGCCGCCGAGGCCCGGAUCGCAGAAGAGGCCGGCGCCGUGGCGGUCAUGGCGCUCGAGCGCAUCCCCUCCGACAUCCGCAAGAUGGGCGGCGUGGCCCGCAUGUCCAACCCGGAGAUGAUCAAGGAGAUCCAAGCGGCCGUCACCAUCCCGGUCAUGGCCAAGGCCCGCAUCGGCCACAUCGUCGAGUGCCAGAUCCUCGAGGCCCUGGGCGUCGACUACGUCGAUGAGAGCGAGGUCCUGACGCCCGCCGACGACCAGUUCCACGUCGCCAAGUCCGACUUCAAGAUCCCCUUCGUCUGCGGCUGCCGCAACUUGGGCGAGGCGCUGCGCCGCAUCAAGGAGGGCGCCGCCAUGAUCCGCACCAAGGGCGAGGCCGGCACCGGCGACAUCGUCGAGGCCGUCCGGCACAUCCGCACCGUCAACGCCGAGAUCGCCCGGGCCAAGGCGGCUCUCGCUACGGGCGGCGACCUUGCCAUCGCCACGCUCGCGCGCGAGCUCGGCUGCGACGCCGCGCUGCUCAAGCAGACCGCCGAGCUCGGCCGCCUGCCGGUCGUCAACUUCGCCGCCGGCGGCGUGGCCACGCCCGCCGACGCGGCCCUGAUGAUGCAGCUGGGCUGCGACGGCGUGUUCGUCGGCAGCGGCAUCUUCAAGGACGCCGAGACGCCCGAGCACGCGGCCAGGCGCGCGCGCGCCAUCGUCAAGGCCACCGCCAACUACACCGACAAGCAGGCGCUGAUCGAGGCCAGCAUCGAGCACGGCACCGCCAUGAAGGGAAUCAGCAAUGCGGGCCUGAAGUCGGAGGAGAAGAUGGCUGGUCGGGGGUGGUGAGAGGAUCGCUGGGGAGGCACGGCUGGAAGGGGUGAUUCACGGUUUCCCAAAACAGGGAGGCAUGUGGUGUCAUGUAAUCGGCUGCGUUGGCCGUCCGUGGAUUCAGUCUCAACACUGCAUAUUGCGGCUUGAGAUUUGGAAGGAAGUGGCAUCGCUCAGGGUCUGGUUGGCCGAAUGGAGUCGAUGGCUUGAGUGGUUUCUCAACUGCAUACUUAUUGGCAUGACACCAGGGUGGGAAAGCAUGCAGCGCCAAAUUCAGAGACACUUUUCCCGGGUCGAACACGGAAGUCCUGCAGACCGUAUUCAACCUUCCUCUAAACUCCCCUCAGCUAGCAUAAAGACCGACGUGUGAUUCCAAUAAUCUCAUUCGCAAGCAGGACAUCGAGACUCGAUCACAAAAGCAGCAAACCUUACAGGAACCGGGAAUACCAGACCUUCGCCGUCGUCGAGUCUGUACGAGUGAUUCCGAAAAAGAUUCAAAUAGGAAACGCCUCGCGUUUUACCCAGGGGCCUCAUUGAGCUAAAUCAACAU